AUGACCGUUUCAGCUCCGGAUACAUCCUUCUACACGAUCUCACAUAAAUACAUAGAACAGUCCACAAUCGCCUACGAGACGCCCUUUUCCCCAACUGCUCGUAAAGCACUGCCAGCAUGUUCUUCGAAGUACACGAAACCCCACCUCGUAAUAUCCUGCCCCGUCGAUAAACUGCAAAGUUCGCAAUCCCACAUUCGAUAUCCCAAACCAAGUCGAUUCUCCUCACGUCCGCGCCUUAUUCAACCCAUACCUCGCCAAACGCACACACCCAGGCAUCUAGGAGGCGUUUACACGUUUUUCUCCCAGGGUUCACACGCUACCUUUGUACGUCCCACGAUUGCCAUACGGAUAGCGCAUAUACAGUCAGAAAUCGCUGUGUGUAACUUGUCUGCCUGUGCAUUUUGCAUGCAAGAAAUCAGUUGGCGGUAG